AUGGGUGUCUUAGCUGCGAUAGCGUUGGCCUGCGCUUUCUUCGCACUAUCCGGGUGGGCCGCGCCUGAAACCGCGGUAGAGAGCGUGGCGAUCCCGAACACUCACCAACUUAUCUAUUACCACGGCCGCUGGGAUGCCUCACCUGGGACAUGGUGGGCGGGGUCAGGCCUCAAGCUGCACGUCCAGGGCCUCUCAUCGCUGGCUCUCCACCUCGGACCACACACCACUACGCCGCUCGCCUCUGUUGGUGUCUCUGUCGACUACCAGCCGUUUUACACUGUGAACGUGUCUGCUGGGCUGAAUACCGUGCCGUUGAGCCACUCUCCGUUGAAGCGUUCGGCAGACAAGACGUCGACCAGCGUCGUGCGUAUCAAUGCCGAGGGCUGGCAGAAUAACCGUAUCAACCUCGAGAGUAUCAUUCUCAACAAGGGCGCGAAAUUACUACCGUACACGCCUUCCAAACUCGCUUUCCAGUUCAUCGGAGAUUCACUGUCAGCUGGCGUCGGCCCGGGCUCGCAGGGACAGUUUCUUCCGCAAGGAGUCGAUCAGGCAUGGCCAUUCCUCACCGGAGAAUUCUUCAAAGCGGAGCACCGUGUGAAUGCGCAGCCCGGCGCGGCUCUCAGCGAUAUCGUUUCUUAUGGAAACCAACACGGGGUGUCUUUCCAGUACUUCCGGACUGAGGACACUGGAUAUUUUGACACGACUGACCACAACUACACGACCCCUUGGGACUUUGCGCGCGAUCGGCCUGCGCCUACACACAUCGUGAUCCACAUCGGCGCAAACGACGCCUCGCAGAACGUGACGGCAGAUGCGUUCGUGCAAACGUACCAGAAUUUCCUCACUCGUCUACGCGGUCUAUAUCCCGUCCAGCCUAUCUUCGUUUUCACUCCGUGGGGCUGGCCAAAUGCGGACGGUUCCAUCAACUACUACUAUGACGGGCAGUACGAGCGCAUCGUGCAAGAGCGGCAUGUCAUGGGCGACCGCAAAACGUUUCUCGUGAACACCACGGGGUGGGUGUCGUGGGAGGAUGUUUUCCCCGAUAAUCAGCACCCAAACGUCGCGGGACACCAGAAAAUCGCGUCUCUCUUCGGGGCAUGGUUGACGGAAUGGGGUCUGCAACCUCAGCAUACUUCGUUCUGA